GUUUUUCUAGAUCAAUAAAGUUUUUGAAUGAAUGGCUACAGUCUAUGGAUUAUGAUGUAAAUUUUCUUUGGCAUAACAUAACAGAUGUCCUUGUAAAAACAUUAAUAGUUGCCCAACCUCACAUUCUUCACUCUUACCGUAUGUGCCGGCCUGGUGCACCUCCUGGUAGUGAAAGUGUUUGUUUUGAGCUUCUUGGCUUUGAUAUUUUGCUGGAUCGAAAGCUUAGACCAUGGCUUUUGGAGGUAAAUCGUUCACCUAGCUUUGGCACUGACACCAAACUGGAUAGUGAAAUAAAAGGAGGAGCGCUAUGUGACGCACUGAAGUUGCUAAAUAUCAGAGCAAGCGACAAAAGACGGGGCAUUGCGGCUGAAAAAGCAGAGGCACAGAAAAGACUGUUAACACAACCGAAAAGGAGCGAAUAUGCCAUGUCGGAACUGGAAAAAAAGAAGAUGAUUUUAAAUAAACGCCGAACGGAACUUGUAAGUUUGAAGCUUACGCGAUAUUGUAAUUUUGUUAAAUCGAUUUCUGAAGAAGAAAUCCUCGACUUAUUAGAGCAAUGUGAAGCUGAUGAGAAUAUCACGUUUGACAGAUCUGGAAACCGGCCAAUGAGUAAAGGACCUAAGCCCUUGUCAUCUAUGCCAAGCGCAAAAUCCACCCCUAGCAAAGUGGAUUCUUCAUCUUCGUCUUCUUCCGUUUCUUCAAACCCNCCUAAGGACGCGGCUUUCUUGGACGCUGCCGUGCGAGAGAGAGAAGAAGAACUUAGUCGGCGAACACUACAAGCUUUGCUUGACAUGAGGAUAAAAUUUCCUGGGAAAACAGACGAAGAAGCAGAAGUCAUUUUAGAAAGCAUUCAAGAUAACUGGAAGUUUCAUAAGCCAAGAGUGGCUUCAUAUUGGUUGGUGAAGCUUGACUCGAUAAAGCGGAGAAAGGUUGUGGAUAUCGUGCGAACAAACGUUCGUGCCAUUUUACAGCGCGUGUGGCGAGCAUCUGAAGUAGAUAACUUGCGUCUUUGCCGGGUUUUCUCGAGAGUGUUUAACAGAUUGUUAUGGAGUCAUGGACAGGGAUUAUGGAAUUGCUUUUCAAACUUGGGAAAUUCGUGGGAGACAAUAUUCAGCAAGAGCACGGAGGUUAUAUCUAUGACAGAGAUGAGCUGCUGUCGUCGGAUCGUCCAGCUGUGUCGUGAUUGUUUACUGAUUGUGUAUCAGUUUGCCGCUGACGCUAAAGCUGCAGGCGCUGCCUCGGUUGUGACUCAAGGGACGACACCUCAGGAAUCGGACAUGAGGCAUAGGGAUGUUAUACAUAGGACCCCAGACCUUACCUCACAGCAAACUCUAACAGCGAGGAUGGCCAAAUAUUACAAAGCGUCCCAGCUGACACAAGGGCACUUAUGAGAAGGGGCCGGGUAAUGAUGGAGCUCUUUACCCAGGACUCAGGGAGAUGCGUGACAAAAGCCCUGACAGAAAGUACCUCCUGAGAUGAGCCAGAUAAUGGACGAAUUAUGUACGUGGAACUCAAGAACCAGCUGAAGAUUUUAAGAUAUUUAAUGAUGUAUUUGUUUUUUAGAUAUAUUUAUGAAUUUUUUUCAGUCCUAAACCACGUACAUACAGAACAAACCUUUAUAUCUUUUUUUGCUUUAUCUUUACCAAGAGGUCUUCCUCGUAGUAAGAGGAGUCGUGGGUAACGUGAUCGAAAUCCUGCAGUCUGAUUGGUUAAACGCUAAAUCGUCUCCUCUUACUACUCUCCUCUUCUGUUCCUAUAUGUCCGACGUUGUACAGUGGAACCAUGAUAGAACAUUAUACGCGUAGCUAUUUAUCAACUUGAAGCUGAUAAAGGCAAAUGGGCCGUCCUAGCGAGUUUGAGAAACGUGACGUGUCGAGUGUUAACACAUUGCUCUGACUACUUCACAAUAAUAAUUUACCGUUGUCAGCAGCUUCAAGUCGUUAAAUAGCUAAGUGUUUCAGUUUCCUGGCGCCAAUGCAGCCCAGCAGUUUCUUUAGAAACUAACAUCUUUUCCCCGUAUAACUUACGAUAUUCUUCAGCUUGGUCAAAGUUACAGGAAAAUGUAUGGAACAAAAUCCUGGUAUGAUGAACCCCUGUUGUAACAAACACAUUUUCCAGGUUUCUCUCCGUUAUAUCAGGGCUCCACAGUAAUUUCCUUGAAAUCAUUGCAAGCAGUCGGCUGGUUUCCUGUCUGCAAGAAUUGAGCCUGUGAUAUUCACAGAUGCGGCUUCUUGAAAAGAUGUCACUGGGCCCGUUUGUCUGUUACCACGCGAUCGACUUGUUCACAUCGAUCAGGCGAUCGAAGUUUUUCUUUCAGUCCCGUCAAACGACCUGUUGCACUGCUUCAAUAGAAGUAGUAAUUGGCCAAUGGUCAGUAUUUGAAAAAAAAAGUCCUAACCAAAGGUAAUUUGUCGCAUUUGUAUCGAAUGUUGCCUCUUGAGCAGGCGUUACCUUGGCUUGUCAAGCCAUCUUUAGUCUCCAACGAGAAGAGAUUGCGUGUUACCCCUCCCCCCC